AUGGAUGUGUUUAACAAAUUUUACUCGUCCGUUAGUAAUACAGUGUCACAGCUAUCAGGUGUACUGCCAGGAAAUCCAGUCACCCGAGAAUUUGAAGCGACACAAUAUAUUGCCAGCGCUGGACCCGGUUUGUUAUGGAAAAUUUAUAAGGGGUAUAAAAAGUCUACUAAACAAGAGGCUUCCAUUUUUGUUUUCGAAAAGAAACAGUUGGACAGAUGGUCAAAAUCGGACAGAGAUAUUAUGAUAGAGACCUUAAAACGCGGAAUUGUCCAGCUUACGAAGUUGAGGCACCCACAAAUACUGACUGUGCAGCACAGCUUAGAAGAAAGUAGAGAAAGUCUGGCGUUUGCUACUGAACCUGUCUUUGCAAGCUUGGCAAACAUUCUCGGGAAUACAGAAAACAUGCCACAACCAAUCCCUAACACAUUAGUCAACUAUAAACUUUAUGAAGUCGAAAUCAAAUAUGGUUUAAUGCAAAUAGCUGAAGGGUUGGCAUUUUUACACAAUGACGUUAAACUCCUUCAUCAUAAUAUAUGUCCGGAAUCCAUUGUCGUGAAUCAGCAAGGUGCUUGGAAAAUAUUUGGCUUCGAUUUCUGCAUUGCAAAUCAAAGUAUGCCAGGAUCUGCACCAUUUUGGCCUUUUAAUGAGUAUUGUCAAGCUAUGCCUGCUUUGACGCAGCCCGCCCUAGAUUAUUUAGCACCGGAAUACAUUUUAUCAGCGUCACAUUCCCCAGCUAGUGAUAUAUACUCAUUGGGUAUGGUUAUUUACGCAUUACACAGCACUGGGCACCAGACAUUGGGUAACAUUGGCAAUGAUUAUGGAAAGUUUAAAAGAUUUGUAAAUGAAGUAAAAAAUUUACCGCCCUCAAGGUUACUUUGUGUGAAUGAGGGCUUGAGAGAGUUUGUUAAAUUAAUGUUGAACGCUACACCCGAGUUGAGGCCUGAUCCUCAUCAAUUUUUGAAGAUUCCCUACUUUGAGGAUAUAGGUGUGAAGACCUUAAAUUAUCUGGAUUCACUGUUCCAAUGGGAUAACCUGCAAAAGUCACAAUUUUACAAGGGCUUACCGCAAAUUAUACAGAAAAUGCCCCACCGAAUAUGUAUCUAUCGAAUUCUACCAUGUCUUACAAAAGAAUUUGUCAAUCCCCCAAUGGUACCAUUUGUACUACCAAACGUUUUGCUCAUAGCGGAAAACUCGUCAAAAGACGAGUACAUAAAAUACAUCCUGCCAGUACUAAAGCCGGUAAUGCUGAUACAAGACCCGAUACAAAUAUUACUGAUAUUCAUGCAAAAGAUGGAAUUGCUUUUAAAAUUAACUCCAGGAGAUGAGGUUAAGACCGAUAUUCUGCCGAUGUUGUAUCGUGCAUUGGAGUCAGACGCCCAACAAAUUCAAGAACUAUGUUUGUCGGUACUGCCAACAUUUGCCUCUCUAAUUGAUUAUCCUGCUAUGAAAAAUGCACUGUUGCCUCGUAUAAAGAAGCUAUGCUUGAGCACGAACUAUAUUUCUGUUCGGGUAAACUGUCUUCUGUGUUUGGGAAAAUUGUUGGAGCAUUUGGACAAAUGGCUUGUGUUGGACGAAAUUAUUCCAUUUUUGCCACAAAUUCCUUCAAGAGAACCGGCGGUGUUGAUGGGUAUAUUAGGUAUCUACAAAUUGACAAUGAGCCAUAAAAAACUCGGAAUCACAAAAGAAGUUAUGGCAACGAAGGUUUUGCCAUUCCUUAUUCCCCUGUGUGUUGAAAAUGGUUUAACUUUAAAUCAGUUUAAUGCUCUCAUCUCACUGGUCAAGCAGAUGAUCUCCAAAGUUGAAGCCGAACAUAGGACAAAGUUGGAACAACUCAAUUCUAUACAGAACGAGUCUAAAGUAAUGGAGCAGGCUCUAACAUCCCCAGACAAUUUAGUCCCAACAGCCCCUCAGACAGAUAUAGACAAAAUGUUCUCCGGACUUGGAAUUGAUCCCUUUUCUUUUAAUGCAAAGCAGGAAAAGAGCGAACCUACUGUUGUGAAUGUUGAAAGUGGAUCUCUUAGUCUUGAAGAGAAACAAAGGAUAGCACAGCAACAAGAAACCGCCCGAAAGUUUUCUCGACAACCGCCCCCUAAAAUCAUCCCCACUCCCAUCGUUCCUCCCCCCCAACCAUCCAAACCCGUCGACUUAACCAGCUCAUUACUUCAAUCCAAUCUCAAUCAAUUAACAACCAAAACAACCCAACCAAUUACUCAACCAACUAAAUUAAACCAAACCGUACCAAACUAUAGUCUCAACAUGGGGAAUACAGCUAGUUAUGGGUAUCCAAAUGCCAUGCCAUUUGAUAAUCAACUUGCCUUACCCCCAAACACGGGGUGGUCGGGGCCAACUGGGAAUUUGUCGAGCUCCAAUGCUAAUUUUAACAAUAAAUGGGCAAAUAAUCAAAAUAACCAGAGCAGUAUGAAACAAGAUUGGUCGGCUUUCGAAUCUCUUUUACCGGAUCAGAGUCAAAGUAGUACAAACAAUAAUAAUACGGUAAAAAAAUUAAGUAAAAGUGAAAUGAUGGAUUUGUUAAGUUAAAUUUGUUUAGUAAUUACGUAUUAUUAGUGGUCGAAAUUGUCUAAUAUCUGCAGUAAUUAUCAUUAGUUAUAUUAUUAUAAUUAUUACUUAAAUAUGUAACAUUAUGCAUUAUAGGGAGUGAGUAUGAAAGUAGAAUUUAUAACAGCCCAUAUUGACCCCAUAUUUGACUAAUUUGUCAUCAGAUUACUGAAGAAAAUAAUUAUAUUAUGUGAAUUAUUUAGAUGCUAAAUUUGUUAAUAAAUUAAAUUUAAAAAAAAAUGUUUU